ACGAUUUGCAAGAAAAAAGUAGUACGUAAAACAAAUAAAACUCGUUGCUGUUAAUUAAUCAAGCAAGCUGUAUAGAGAAAUUGAUCAUCACAGAAAGAGAGGCAAGGCCAAGGCAUACACCUUGGUCGAUCAUUCAAAUUGGGAUUAACGAUGAGUUCUGAUGACGAUGAUAAAGAUAGCAAAUAUGGUGUCGGCCGGGAGAUCUUGAUCGCUGCUAUAUUCUCCCUACUUGCUGUAGUGGUUUUUAUCAUCAUCCUCCGUACAUAUGCAAGGUAUCUCUCAAGAAGCCAAGAAAGAACACGUCGUGAUAUCUUGAAUAGGGUAAGUACACUAGCUCAAAUUGCAUCAGUCGACAUGGAUUCUGUCGAUCCACCUGCGGAGACUGCCGGAGGACUCGAUCCAUUCGUCAUAGCCUCACUACCUAAGUUCACCUACAAACCUGCAGCUAAUUCACUCGAUCAAAGUGAAGUUAUAGAGUGCUCAGUUUGCUUGAGCAGCAUAGAAGAGGAGACCAUGGUUCGGCUUCUACCAAACUGUAAGCACAUGUUUCAUGUGGAGUGCAUCGAUGUUUGGCUCAACUCAAACAAAACUUGCCCCGUCUGCCGUACUGUGGCUGAUCCUAAGGUCCAGCCAGAACGCAAUGACAAAGGUACUAUUUUUGGGGUCCAACGUCCCACAGCUCCACCUAUAGAGAAUAGUAUACCGCAUGGUGCUGCCGAGUUGGAUCAGAAGGCAGGUGGAUCCGGAUCAGGCUCACGAUUAAGCUCUUUUCGGAGGAUGCUUAGUAGGGGGAGAUCGUCGAGGAGGAUUCAGAGUUGUGAAGAUCAUGAAGUGGGUUCAGAAGAUCUAGAAAGACAAUGAUUGAUUGCCUCCUAUAUAUUGAUAUCACCUUAAUCGAAGAUCAUAAACUAGUAUAGGUAAAUAAAAUUUUAAUAUUAUUUAUAUAAA